ACCGUGCGGGACGGGGUAGGACAUAAAUCAAGGGUUUGUAACUAGGGUUUAGUCUUCAGUUUUGUUUCUCUACAACAAAUCAAUGGCAGAAGAAGCAAAGAAUGAGUCAUCGGUGCAAGACAUGGAGGUGGUUCCUGUCUACGAUCAAACCGGCGGCGAUGCGGCGGGCAACGGCGUUAAAAGAAAGAGAGACGACGGCGAUGAAUUGGAGGAUGAGAAAGAGAACUCAGUGGAAGAAGAAAGAUUGCAAAACGGGUCGGGUCCAAAGGGUCCAGUGUUAGGGUUCAAGAGUUUUACAACAUCUGUUGCGAUUUAUGAUUACUUUUCCGCUUUUUUGCGUAGUUGGUCUCCCAAUGUCAAUGUUAACAAGUAUGAGCACAUGAUGUUGCUUGACCUGUUGCAGAAGGGUCAUCAGGAGCCAGAGAAAAAAAUUGGUGAUGGGGUUAAGGCCUUCCAAGUCCGGUAUCAUCCAGAAUAUAAGAGUCGCUGCUUUUUCCUGGUAAGAAAUGAUGAUUCUUGUGAUGAUUUCAGCCUCAGGAAAUGUGUGGACCACAUACUUCCUUUGCCUGAAAACAUGCAAAAAAAAUCUGGUGUCAACAAGGCAUUGGGUGGACGUAAUGGUGGAGGAGGCCGUGGAGGGUGGCGUGGCCGCGGAGGCGGUAAGCCUAGAAACUGAGAUUGCAAGAGGCAAUAUCAGUUCUAUUACUAGGGAUAUUUUCCUUACUUUUGAUUUGCAACAGGUUGUCACUCAACUUCAGAACUACUCUGGAACUAGUGAUAUGAAAUCAGUAAUCUUAUUAAUCAACAUUCAUAAAAAAGUAUGUUUUGUUAUUUGAAAAUCCCUCCUCGUCUUUAA